AUGCAUCGUACCGAUGGCCCCGGCCACAUGGUCCCGAUGCAGCAAGGUCCCUAUCGUUCACUCCACUCUGACGAGGCGGCGCACGGCCAGCAGCCAGAGGCGCCUCUGCAGAAUCCGAAUCUGUUGCCGCAGAAUCCCCACUACCUUCCCCAUGGGCCUGUUGAUCUGUUUGCUAGGGGGGCUCUGCACGAGGCCACGGCGGCUUCUGGCCGAGCGCAACCAGAGUCUAGGCAGCACGUGACUCCCGGUGCGGACCCUGCUUUCCAGAUGUGUCAGGGGACGCUCCUUGGACACCAGGAGGUGGUCUCGGGGCGGGAAAUCGACAGACGGCCUGCAACGGGUGCCUACCGUCGGGACCAGGCCCAGCCGACGCCGGAGCAGCAGUACUUCUACGAGCAGCAGCGGCUGCUUGCCAGUCAACAGCAGUCCGUGGCGCUACAUCAUGCAUUUCCGGGUCUGCGUGGGUCCAUCUCAGCUUCAGGCGGCCACCACCUCCACGGCCUUGUCCUGCCUCAAAAUACUGGAGCGCCUUCACAGCAGGUCCACCUCACUGACAACCAUCAAGCGAACAACACUCACGUGGGCAAAGGGCAAAUGUACGAGGACGCAGCUCGACGGCGUUCGCAGGCUCCGCGGCGGGGGAAUCCCACGCAGCCGGCUGUGUAUCAGCAGCUGGUUCGGCAAACGACCCAGACGGGGGUCGGCAGAGCGACCAGCGACGCUUCAGCGAGUGGCCGAGCCACAGGAGAUGGUGGCCAGAUCCAAGUUGAGCCUCGAGACGUCAUUGCACUCCUCAGACAAAUGGCUGAAGAAAGUCCCGAGAAAUUUCAGAUGUAUCGAAUCGAAUCUGACAUGCCGGCGAAGGCUCUGCACCAGUUGCUUCACGAGUUGGAGAAGAAUCAGCUUAUCAAGCAGCAGGAAAUCCUUCGCCGAGCGCAUGCACUCGCAGCACAGCAAACUCAAGCGGCGGCCGAGGAGAAACUGAACCCUAGUGGCCCGCCCUCGCAGGCUGCUAGCAAGGCAGUGCGCUCCGGCGGAGUGUCUGGAGAUCCACAGAGACUCCCCGGUGUGGCCCUUCCCCUCAGCCAUCAGCAAAGGUGUCGCGAUGCGCCAAUGGGGGGCGUGGAUUCUUCGGUUCCCGCGACAUCGUGGCCAACUGAUUCUGUUCAAGCGGGGGACGGAGAAGAGGGAGCUGCGUCGGAAAACAAGGCCGCGACGCGGGCUCCUGCGCACUUCGUCUCGUCUCCGAAUGCAACAGACCUGGCCGAUAGAGGAGGCACCUCCGGUUCGGCCGCUGGCUUCUUCACUCACGGCGGUGUACAGACAGCGCGCGGAACUCAGCAGCCACGGGGGGUCGACGUCGAACCUGGGGCAGGCAGCUGGGGGAUGGGAAUGCCGGGAGUGGUGGGGACGGUGACCAAGUCGCCCGCCGCAGAUCCCGCUGGAUUUCCUGCGCCUUCAAGCGACACGACAGGCAGCUUGAAGCCUCGAGGACCGGGCAAUCCGUCAUACGAAAAGCAAAUGGAACUGCUCCUGAAAUUGCUGAAGACGCCUCGGGGGUCGCUAGCGAUCCAGCAGCUCGUGGACGCGGGGCGAGUGAAGCAAGAUCUCCUUCAAGCUGCGAUGGAAAAAUACAGAAGACAGCAAGAGGCAGAGGGCAGCUUGCCGGGCGCUAACCCAGGGGCUGGUCUGUCCCAGGCCGGCGACAGCACCGACCGGUUUCCGAGGCCGAGCAAGGCGUCCCCUGAAGGGGUGGACUGCCUCCGUGGGGGCGAUCCGUCGCUCGCCGCACUGCCAAACCCACAUUUUUCCGAUGGACGGGCGGCGCCUGCAUCGUCAGAUUCGCAGGACGCCGACACGCACCAAGCGAAACGCGCUCGCCUGGACGCGGAGCCCCUCCUGGGCGGGCCUCGCCCGGAAAAUUCCGGCUGUAGAGAAGGAGCAGCUGGUGCGCAGCUUGCCCCAGGAGUCUCUGACGGCGACUCCGCGUUCGAAGAGGGCACCCAAGACUCCGCUGCUGGAGGAAGCGCAGUUCGGAGAGGCCGCGCGGAGGCGACGCCGGACAGCCCCGACAACGAGAGACAAGGCAGAGAGUCUGACAGCCGUGAGCAGGGGGGACAGGCUGGCCGGCGCUGUGAGGGUGGCGGGGGUUCUGUGCAGAACGUGCCGGGGGACACGGUUCAGCGAACGCAAGGGUCCGGUUAUUCGGCUGUUUCACUGAACCCCAGCGACACCAGUGGGGGGAACGGGACUGCGUCUGUGGGGCUUCGGGGGCCGCAGAGCUCCAGCGCAGGUUCUGGGACCCAGGGAGCGGCGAGUGGAGUUAACAAGGGAGCGAGAAGCCGCGCGUCAGCGGACAGCGCCGGGGGGGACGGUGGGUUUGCCGCUUCGAAAGGGCCUGCGCACAACAGAGGAAGUGUGGUGGGAAACGGGUUCUUUACUGUAGACGCGACGAGACAACUCGUGGGAAACAACCGGAUGAAUUUUGUGAGGAUGAUGCGGGCGCUAAUGUCUCGGCCCCCAGCCACAAAGCACGUCGAACCAUACACGUGGGACGGAGCGCAUUUGGCCGUUGCGGUUGAAGCGCCUGGGACAGGUUUCUCCGACUGCGCGGGAUCGCGCCGUCUGUACAUCGGGCCGAACUCGCAGUCUCUGUCGGAUGCGCUGCGCAGCUGUGCGACGAGGCGCCCGCCAGCUUUUGCUGAGUAUCCUGGCGAUCCGCGAUUCCAUGAGACCAUCGCGAGAGGUGCUGAGAGCGUGGAACCGGGAGUUGGCGCGCACCUGCUGCACCGCCUGCAGGAGCGUCUGGCUGCUCCGAGGGGUCAACCUUUCUAUCUCCGUCAGGCACAGAUGCCGUUGGUGGGUCAGAUCGCUACUCGUUUUCCUGCACAGACAGGGGGGUACCGGCCACUGCGAGAGGGCGGCAGAAUGCCGGGAUACUUUCUGGAUGCCAGUGGCCGAAGCGUGGCUCUCGCAGGGUCGUGUCCAGCAAACGUCGCCGGAGCUGGUCGCGCUGAAGAUACCCGCUUCGCGCCGCGGCGGCGCCUGGGGAAACUCGAUUCUCACAUUCAGCGCCUGGUUGACAGUGCUGUGAGGCGCUUGAGUGGCGUGUACGGCCGGAGAUUUCUCUUGCGCGACGAGAAUGCCAUUCGAGACACGAUUAAACGGGCUUUAAAAGACCGAAUUCGGGCUAUGGCACCGAGUCUCAGUGCCCUUUCAGAGUACCGCGUCGACCGCCUUUUCCAGCGGUUGUCUGUCCGCCCAGAUUCGUCAGGCGCCCACGCCGUUGAUUUCGACUUUCCCGAAGGCGACGGGAUGGGCGACGGUGCCUUUCCAGAUCUGUUGCAAGACUCGUUCCCGUCCUGCACCAGGGGCAGACAGUCCGCUUGGGAAGGCGCAGACGCUGGAGCUGGCAGCGCGCCUGCUACUGGCUCAGGCGGCGCUGGGGAAUUGCUCCAGCACUUUUCGCUCAAACAAGACAUCGAUGAACUGCAGGCUUUCUUCAUGCAGAAGGAGAGCGACAGGCAACUGGUGGACCGUCUGCGGAAGCUCCAAGAGAGUCAGAGAAGAAACCGAACGAGUCGGGCAAGACAGCGAGCGGCGCCGGGAGGUGACGCAGGGGCCGGGACAGGCCUCACAGUCGGCGAUGAUUUGAGUAGAGACGUCGUAGGCGACCCGACCGACACUCUGUCCGCACUGCUAGGAGGACCGGCUUCAGGAGCUGCCGUCGAAGGGGCACCGGAUCCCAGUGCGUGGGUGUCGAUGCUGCGUUCAGCCGGGCCGCUGGGCAGUCAGCAGUGGAAAGCGCAGAAAGCAAAACAGGAGCAAGUUGCGGCUCAACGUCGACAUAACGUCGCCGUAGCAGAGGCAAAAGCGAUCGAAUUUGCGAAAGUCGCACAAUCCCAGCGGUGUCUGCUCUUGAAAGUCACGGCCCUCGACUUCCGAGCUUUCCUCCACACGACGACAGCAGCCUCCUUGUUUCCCGCUCAGUUCAGGAUGCGCCAGUUGCAGCUGAUUGAGUUGCUCCACUUCGAUUUGCAGGCGCCGCCAGUUCGAGUGGCCCGACACCUUCUCAUCGGGCAUCCGGUGCCGCGUGCGCCUGCUUCGCAUCCGGCGGCGCCAAGCGGUGCGUCCUCUUCCACGGCCUCUUCAGUUCCUCCCUCUUCGUUCUCAGCGGCAACUGCUGCGCGAGUUGCGGCAGCCGCUGGCGUUCGCGGACCGAGUUCGGCCCCGUCGCAUACUCAAGGAGGUCUGCCGCUCGGAACGAGGGCGGGGCAAGCUUUGCUUCCCGCAGCCACGAACGCUGGCACUGUCCCAGGUGGUGCCAGCCGGGUGUCUGGUGGUGCACCAGGCUUGGGGGAAGUGCGAGCUGGACAGAUGGCGCUGCCGUCAGCGAAAGGCUUGGCGGGUGCAGGGUACAGCGACCAGGACCAGGGGGUGAAGGCACAGCCUCCACAGUCUCAGGCGGGGCUGGAAGGGCCGCCCGCUGGAGGCAAGAAAGGAGCGAGCAAGUGUGCGCGGGUCCGCGUGCGGAAGAAGGCCGGCACCUCUGGGGGAACUCCUUCGGCGGGUUCGCAAAAAGGCGUAAUUGCACAGCAGAAAGACGGUGCGCAUGCGCCGCCGCGGGCCGCGAUUUCGGAGGUGGGGCAGGCGGGAACGGCGCGAAGUGGCCUCGAGCAAAACCAAGAGUCGUCGGGUGUCGAUACAGCCGGAGGUAUUGACUCUCUUGCGGAUUUGUUUGGAAGUGGGGCGCGGCCCGAAGACUUCGUGAUGGCUUCGAACAAUCGCCGAGACGAGAGAGCCAAAUCAGGAGGCCCGCAAGAUGACACUGCCGGGGACCAGAAAAAAGGGCCGGGCAGCUCACUUGGUGGUGCGAAGUUUAAGAAGGGAAGCGCUGGUCAGGGUGAUACGACGCAGAGAACUGGAGGGGGAGUGAGUGGUAGUGCAGCGCCUGGAAAUGCGGGAAAAAUGUCCUCUUUGAACCGACAGGCUGCCGGGUUCGAUCGGCAAGAACCACCUGAACGUGGCGCCGAUGAAGCGCCAGUGGCAGAGCAGAAACGCCAUCAAGAGGCCGGACCAGGGACGGCGCCGUUCUUCCUCAGACCCUGGACUGCCGGAGCGGCGCCAGAAGGGCAGGGAGGCGAGGAGUUCGGGGGCGGCGCGGGCGGUGUGGUGAUCCCCGACUUAGACGGCGAAGGAGAUGACGAGUUCAUCUGA